CUGUCUAAACUUGGGUUUACAAGUGUGAUGCUGACGUUUCCUUCUUUCUGAAUGCGAUGUCAUGUGAUGUAAAGACCAUUAUAUAAACAGGCACAUCAUGCACAUGAGUGAAGAAAAUUUCUAGGCAGUUUAACCAGGGGUAUUGCUAACAAGAAAGCAUAAACGAAGAUCGAGGAAGAUGACAAAAGUUAUGCUUAUAGUUCUACCUGUUCUCACAGCUUUCGUCUUACCUAUUGUUAAUUGCUCAAACGAUACUCUCCCAGCCAUUGGGUUCAGUGUAAAACUUUCCCGAAAUGUCGAGUUAGGAGCCGGACAAACUCUAAAAUACGACAAACUGAUAACCAACGAGGGUAACGGCUACAACCCAUGGUCGGGACAUUUUACAGCACCCCGUAAAGGACUCUACCUCUUCUCCUGCACUAUAAUGGCGAUGGAAUAUAAAUAUAUACACAUCGAAAUAAUGCAAAAUGGAAUACAUAUAUCAACCCUGUAUUCCACUUCAGCUGAACAAAGCUCACAGACCGUGGUGCUAGUUCUGAAUAAAGGAGACACCGUGUGGACGAGGCAGGCGUGGUCUGGGAGACAUCUGCAUGACCACGUGGGCUACAAUAUAUUUACAGGAGUUUUGAUAUCAGAAAAUGUCCAAUUACUGUAAACCAAUUAUUUGUUGCGUCAUUUUUUACUCGCGAAUGUUCAGUUUGAAAUGAUUUACGCGACUGAUGAUAUAUUCACUAAAAAUGAAAGCCAAAAUAAAGAGGUUCGCGGCAAUUAAUAUUCGCUAGUUAGAAUAGAACUCGCGGAUAUUUCUCGCACGCGAAUACAAAUUUUGUUUACAGUAACUGAUUUGUAGGAAAUAAAUUUCUGAUCUUUGCACUUUUAAACAAAAUUUGGUUUGAAAGUUUCAUGUAUAAUGUAUCAUAACCUUUUGUCUUUAAAAAUUACAUAUGAAUUACCAA